AUGGCGUCACCACAUUCAAGGAGCUCUAAGAGCUCGAAGGAGGGCUAUCAUGAGGUGCUGAUAGGCCGCUACACGCGGAUGGAUCAUAUCGGAAAGGGUAGUUUUGCUACCGUGUAUCGAGGCGUCCAUACAAAAUCACGGACAUACGUUGCCAUCAAAUCGGUGAACCUAUCAAAGCUCAGUAAGAAGCUAAGGGAGAAUUUGACCUUGGAGAUCGGUAUUCUCAAACGCCUGGUUCACCCUCAUGUUGUCGCACUGCUCGACUGCCUCGAGACUUCAUCCCAUAUACACCUAGUGAUGGAGUAUUGCGCUUUGGGCGAUCUAUCACAGUUCAUCAAGCGACGGGAUAGCCUCAAGGACCAUAAGUACACUCGGCAUAUGAUCGCAAAGUACCCAAAUGUACCCGGUGGGGCUUUGAAUGAGGUGGUUGUCCGGCAUUUCCUGAAGCAACUGGCAAGCGCCCUUAAAUUUCUUCGGGACCAGAACCUCAUCCAUCGUGACAUCAAGCCCCAGAAUCUGUUGCUUUGCCCUGCGCCGACUUAUACGGAAACCGACCCCCAAGUGGCGCCGUUUAAAUGUACCGAAGACUCGUUUACCCCUGCGGUGGGGCUAGAAUCGUUACCGUUACUUAAGUUGGCAGACUUCGGUUUCGCUCGGUCUCUCCCGUCCACGGCCCUUGCAGAAACACUAUGCGGAUCCCCGCUGUACAUGGCUCCCGAGAUAUUACGGUACGAGAAAUAUGAUGCCAAAGCUGACUUAUGGUCUGUCGGUACCGUGCUCUAUGAAAUGGUGGUGGGAAAGCCACCAUUUAGGGCGACAAACCACGUCGAACUGCUCCGGAAAAUUGAGAAUGCAAAAGACGAGAUCAAAUUUCCGGUAGAUAACCCUGCUUCUGAUGAAAUCAAAACACUUAUUCGCCACCUUCUGAAAUUCAACCCUGUGGCUCGGGUUACAUUUGAGGAAUUCUUCGCGAACAACAUUAUCACGGGCCCAAUACCGGGCUUGGUGUCCGAAGAUGCGCCUGCUGCGCCUCGCCAGUCGUCACCAGAGGCGGCUUCUGCCGAAGCAACAGGAUCUCCAUCUGCUACUGAUGACGCGGUGGAUAUCCAAGGCCUUAAUAACCAAGGGGAUGAUCAAAUCCGUUAUCCGCCGCCCCAUCGGUACGUGCCUCACAAUGAGAGGCCACAUAGCCCCGCGACUUCUACCCCCAUGGGCAGGACUAGGAGUGGAGACAGACCUUCCUCAACCGCGAGACAAAUAUCCACGGCUGCCGUCCCACGGCGGCCGGAUGCGGUAUCCCACGCAACAGCGCCAGGACGACAGGAACUUGUAGAUCGCUCGUCGACGUUUAAUGCUAUAGAACGCCAGAGAAACCGACAGACGUUCUCUGGUACCCCGUCGACACAACGGCCCGUGGAAAAGACAAAGGAGGAGCGGGAACUCGCUGCGCAGGAUGUCGCUUUUGAGCGUGACUAUGUUGUUGUGGAGAAGCGGGCGGUUGAGGUCAACGCUUUCGCAGAUGAGUUGGCGCAUGACCCAAGGACCCAGAGUAAAAACACUGGUGCCCUUCCCCGGAGGCAGACGACGCCAGCUCUUCCAACAACAAUGCAGGCAUCGCCCCAAAGCUCUCCCAGCAAAGCAAUCCAGGUGAUGCCAGGUCGGUCUCGAGCAGAUUCGGCGCACAAUCGCCAUCCGUCCUACGAGCGGCGUUAUGGCCGGAGCCCUACAUCGGCAACAUCAGCUAUCUCCAAGGCCCUGAACAUGGCAAGUGGUCGCUUGUUCGGCGUGGGAUUCUCUCCGCCUUUGAAUGUUACCAAAGGAGGGCGCUCACCCCCUUUGGCUUAUAACCCUUUCCCGGCUUAUCCUGCAGCUAAUGCUGGUCUCUUAACAAUUGGAGACGGCUCUAGGCGUCAGGCAAACGCAGAUGACGAUACAGGAACGGUCAAAGAGAUUGAAGAUUGCGCUUCCCGGAGUGAUGUUGUAUACGGGUUCGCGGAAGUGAAAUAUAAACAACUAAUACCGCUGGCACCGUCCGCCCAAGGCGAUAGUAUCUCCAAUGCACCAGGCUCGGAUUUCGGAAACAGUGAUCUAACGGCUGAUGCCGCUGUGACCCUCUCAGAAGAAGCGCUGGUUCUUUAUGUCAAGGCACUAUCCCUCCUUGCCAAGUCAAUGGACAUUGCCGGCCUUUGGUGGCGUCGCCCAAAGCGAGGCGACGCCAUGGCCGAAUACAGCGUUAGUCGAUUUGAUGAUUUGUCAGUUCGAGUUAAUAAGGUCGUGCAAUGGGUCCGCGGUCGAUUCAACGAGGUGUUGGAAAAGGCGGAAUUUGUUCGACUCAAAUUGAUUGACGCGCAGCGACGUCUACCCUCAGACCAUCCUUGCCACCCUAAUAACCACUCGCUCGAAUCAGCUGGCUCUGGAGGGUCCGUGGAUGUCGUGGUCAGUCCUGGCGUCACGGCCGAGAAGCUGAUGUACGACCGUGCAUUGGAGAUGAGCCGAGCAGCGGCGAUCAACGAGCUCACGAGCGAAGAUCUCUAUGGGUGCGAGAUGGCCUACGUGACGGCUGUUUUGAUGCUGGAAGCCGUUUUGGAAUCAGAGGAAGUACAGCAUUCAGGAAGGAGAAGCAGCACUGACAAGGGCGACAAGAUUGUACUAGAUGGCGUGCAGGACGAAGACCGAGAGGUCGUCGUGAAGUUGGUGUCCAGCAUACGCGCCCGGUUGCAGUCAUUGCAAAACAAACUGGCUGUUCUCACCAAGCGACAAACUCCGCCGUCAAGCGGAAAGAUGGUGCCGUCGAAUUUGGCACACGUAACGGGGGCGACUGCUGCUCGAUGA